AGACAAUGAACAGAACAGACGCUGUUAUGACCUAUGACAGUGAUCAGAAUGUUGGUAUGGGCUAUGGCGGUGAUCAGAAUUUUGGUAUGAGGUAUGGUGGUGAUCAGGACACUGGUAUGGAGUAUGGUGGUGAUUAGGACACUGAUAUGUUGUAUGGAGGUGAUCAGGGUGCUGGUGUGGGGUAUGGCGAUGAUCAAGAUGCAGGUUUGGGGUAUUGCGGUAUCGGGAUGCUGGUAUGGUGUAUGGGGUGAUCAGAAUGCUGGUAUGGGGCAUGGCGGCGAUCAGGAUGCUGGUAUGGGGUAUGAUGGUAAUCAGGACACUGGUAUGGGGUAUUGCAGGUAUCAGGACGCUGGUAUGGCAUAUGGAGUGAUUAGGAUAAUGGUAUGGGGUAAUCAGAAUGCCAGUAUGGGGUAUGGCGGUGAUCAGGACGCUGGUUUGGGGUAUUGCGGUAAUCAGGACGCUGGUAUGGCAUAUGGGGUGAUCAGGAUGCUGGUAUGGGAUAUGGUGGUAAUCAGGACACUGGUAUGGGGUAUUGCAGGGAUCAUGAUGCUGGUAUGGCAUAUGGAGUGAU